AGAUGCCGUAUUGCGCACUGUCCAAUUUGCACUGUCAUUUCUUUCUCGGAAGCAAAGCGUCCGAAAAUAAGUUUUUGUUAAAUUAUUAAUUAAUUAUUAAGUUUAACAAUAAAUAGACAGCAUUUCCCGUUAAAGUUCUUCCGAAUUAAAAUCUACAUAUUUACACAAAAAGAGAAUAACAAGUGUUGCUUGUACGUAAUUGGAAGGAAGUGCCACAAACAAACAAAACAAUGGCCAGCGAAGAAAUUGAACUUUUGGAGCGAGUCUUGCUGCGUCUGGGUUGUGCCGAUACAGAUGAGAAAUUGGAAGCAUGUGUGGGAAGGUUCCUGACACCGGUUAUACUGAAAAUAACUUCUCCACAUGAUACAGUUCGCAAUAAGGUUGUAGAGGUACUGACUCAUAUCAAGCGACGAUUGAGCUCCAGACCAUUGGUCCAAAUUCCCGUUGAGGCAUUAAUUGAUCAAUACAAGGCCUCAGCCAGUUCACCAUUCUUACAGAACUUCGCCAUCAUAUUCAUAACCAUGGGAUAUCCUCGUUUGAGCAUUGAAUCUCGUUCACAGUUGGCAGCAAAGCUGAUUGGCUGUGAGGGCAAAUUGGAAAAUUAUCAAGACAAAUUAUUCAUGUUAAUUUUGGCUGACAUGAAUGACAUUAAACUACCCGAUGAUCCGGCACAGCGUAAGGAAGUUUUAAAUUUGGAUGACAAACCUGAAAUAAAGAAAAACUUUCUAUCCCUGUUGCAAGAUGUAUUACUCUUGCCCUAUGGUGUUACCCAAGAGCAGGGUGUACCACCGGGCAUGAGUCCCUACUCUUUUAAACGGGUCACAGUCAAUAAUUGGAAGGCUGAGGAAUUGGAAAAUAUUAAAAAGGGCAUUGUACGUUUCAUAUGCUCCGGCAUGUUCAGUGAUUUGGAUAUUUUCCUUCUGUUGGUUUUGGCUUCGGCUGAUACACGUUUCAGUGUGGCCACACCAGCCAUUGCAGAGCUUAGUAAAGUAGUUACAGUUCUGGAUUUUACUGAUCCUCAUGUCACCAUGCCUUUGUAUUCUCUGUUUUCGGGAAAUGGCUCAAAUAUUGCUGAACGUAAGACAACGCCUUGCUGUGCCCGAGUAAGGCAAAAAUUGUUAUUAUAUCUCAUUAAAUGCCAUGGCAAGGGUAUAAGUGUACCCAAAGGUAUCCAGGUGGUGUUUGAAGGCCUAUUUGGUACAAAUACCAAUCAAAAGUGUAAGGUGUUAUCCUUGCAGUUUGCUGAAAAUCUCAUUAAAGAAGGACCUUUGGAAAUUAUCAACAAGGUAUCAAAGGUACUUUUGACUGGUUUUUCGAAACUGGUUGGCAAAGAUUCCACGGAGCCCAAUGAUGUGCAAAAUGCAGCCUAUUCUGCAUUGGCCCAGCUCUCACGAACAUGCCCCACGGCCGUCAAUCAGGAUUUGAAAAUUGUGCUAUCCUAUUUUAAUCAUUUAACAAACUCACCACCCGAUCUACACACCUCCAUCAGGGAAGCUUUGGUGGCAAUGGCUCCGGCUUUUGCCUGGAAGCCAGAAGAACACAAAACUGAAGAUGGUUCCACCGAUGAAGUGGUAAAACUGACCGGCCAACAACAUUUACUAUUGGCCAUGCUUUCCGACAAUGCAGAAUCUAAGCUAAAUAUUGUACAAAAUGUUACCAGUAUAUUUUUGACCACAUGUUAUCCGGAAUAUUAUGCACCAUCGAGAUAUCUAUUGCUGUUGAUAGCUGGAGAGCGUAACUCAUUGCGUGAGAAUGUAACAUCAUAUCUGUAUGGUGUUUCCAAAAAGGACCACAUAAACUAUCAAAUGUUAUCCUCCAUUGAAUAUCUGGAUGAUGAUAAAAAUAUUGAAGAUUUCAAUAAACUAAUAUCCGAACAAAGACACGUUGUCUUGCCCAGCUUUAAAUCGAUGAUGCAUCAUGUUAACGAAAUAGCCGAAAAGAGAUUAAAAAAGAACAUGGCAGUGGUUGUGGGAAGAACAAAGUUACCAUUUUCAUUAGAGGUUUAUGAGGAUAUUUUGGAUUAUUUACGCAUUUGCUUGUGGUAUUCGGCUGGUGCCCGCUGUGCCCCAGGAGAUACAAAAUAUCAGCACAAACUAAAACAAUAUAUCCAGUGUAACUAUGAGGAAUCGGAAAAUAAUGAACUACAUCAAUAUUUGUUAUUUAUACAAAAGGCAUUGGAGGCUAGAAGACAUGAAUCGAAUUUAUUGUGUCUCUACGAUUUGUUAAGUGUUACACCGGACUUGCUGUGUAAAUCUCAAAUGCAUUUAUUGGAGCCUCUAACAAAUUCCCUUAAGGAUGUAUCGGAAGAUAUGCGUUCAAAUGUGGCCCAAAUUGUGGGAAUUCUGUGGGCCUAUGGUUUUGAGGAAAAUGAAUUCAAUGCUCAGAUUGGCGAUUGUCUCAAGGAUUUGGCCCAGAGAUCAUUGGAACAUAAACAUGGCUGGUUGUUGGUAAUGGGACAUGCCUUUAGCCGCACAAUCCAGAAACAUAAGCAAUCUGAUGUGGCCAAAGACUAUCAGAAUUGGUCACAAUUCGUCGAUGCCAUUAAAGUUAUAGCUGAAUUUUUGGUAAAAGGACCCCAGGAUUUGCUGAUAUCUGCUGCUGCAAAAUGUUUCUCAAUGAUCAGCAAAUGGACAGCCAUACCAAAUGUUCAAUUGUCCAUAACCUUCCAGAAACCUGAUAAUGACAAUGAUGAUGAUGACGAAGAAAUGACGGAAUACACGGCCACUGGUUCCACAAAAUACUUUAUAUUCACGGUGGUCCAUCGACUUUUAAAGAGCUCUUCGGUACGACCCAAAAUCAGAGCAGAAGCUGCAAAAUGUUUGGGAAAUUUAGCCAUUGGCGAUGGCCAAUACUUUACGCAUCGAAAUUUGGAGAAAUUCCUUUCUUUGGUGAAAAUUCAAAAGGACGCUGCUUUAAAUAUUGCAAUUUCCGAUGCUAUUGCAACGACCCUGUGUGGCUAUGAUAUAAGUGAGGGUAAACCCAAGGAAGAUUUUAUCAAUCCCCAUUGCAGCGAUGAAGCAUUUGAGGUAUUUUUGAAUUCCUUAAUACGUUUGGUACCCGAACCCAAUCCCCAUUGCCGCCAGUCGUGUUCGGUAUGGCUUUUGGCCGUAAUCAAAAAUUGCAGUUAUAGACCAGCUGUGCUCAAUAAGAAGCAAAUGUUGCAAUAUGCUUUUACGGAGCUAUUGUCGGAUGAUAGUGAAUUUGUCCAAGAUGUGGCUUCUCGUGGCUUGGGUUUGGUGUACAAUCUCUCAGAUCCCACAAGUCAAAAUGAACUGGCCAACUCCUUGCUGGACCAAUUAAUGGGCGGCAAACGCAAGGUUAAUAAAGUAAAUGAAGACACAGAACUUUUUGCCGAGGGUAUGCUGGGUAAAACACCAACCGGUGGCAACAUUACCACCUACAAAGAACUAUGUUCCUUGGCCUCUGAUCUCAAUCAACCGGAAAUGAUUUAUCAAUUCAUGCAGUUGGCCAAUCACAAUGCUGCCUGGACCAGUAAGCUGGGUGCAGCAUUUGGCCUCAAAUCCCUUUCCAGUGAAACAAAGGCCAAAAUGCAACCGUAUUUAAGUAAAAUCAUACCACGACUCUACCGUUACAAAUACGAUCCAACACCGAAAAUUCAAAACUCCAUGAUUUCUAUUUGGGAUUCAAUUGUCAGUGAACCCAAAGAAGUGGUGGAACAAUAUUAUUGGGAAAUAUUGCGGGAGCUUUUGGAUAAUUUAACAUUUAAUGAAUGGCGUGUUCGCAUUGCUUGCUGUUUGGCUGUACGAGAUCUGCUGAGGAGGCCAAAUGGUCUGCGUCUACGCUCGGAGGAAAGGAUGCGCAAAGGUGCUCCAGCCUCACCAUCGAAAAGCAAUGCCAUGGAAGUGGAUGAGGUCCCCGAACCGGAGCUAAAGGAGUUAUGGAAUCAGCUAUUCCGUGUUAUGGAUGACAUUCACGAAGGCACUCGUUUGGCUGCCGAAGGCACUGCCCUGUUUCUUAGCAAGCUUUGUGUUACUGCUGCCUCUUCGGAUCAUGGUAAAUCCGGCUCGGCUGUUGCCUCUUCCAUACUGCCAUUCCUUUUGGAAACGGGUGUAACACAUGUUGUGGCCGAUAUACGCAAGAUCAGCAUUAAAACCAUUUCCGAAAUGAUUGAUUCAUCGGGAGCUUUAAUAGCACCCCAUUUGCCAUCCCUGAUACCAUGCCUUUUAAAGGCCACCGGUGAAUUAGAGUCCUCAAAAUUGUCGUAUCUCUCAACACGUCUGGGUGCAGAUCAUGAUGCCCAAGAGAAAGUCGAUUCCAUUAGAGCCGAAGCAGCCAAAUCGCAUCACACCACAGAGACAACGGCCAAGUGUGUACGUUUCAUAGACUAUGAGUCAUUGGAAAAAAUGACUCCAGCCAUUUUGGACCUGGUCAAAACCACCGUAAAUUUGGGCACCAAAAUUGCCUGUGCCCAUUUUAUAUGUCUGAUAAGCAUUCGACUGAGUAAGGAAAUGACACCAUUGGUGGGUAAAUAUUUGGGUGCCUGUUUUGUGGGUCUUAAGGAUCGCAAUGCCACUGUGAGGAAGUAUUACGCCAGUGCCAUUGGUCAUUUAAUUGGAAUUGCAAAGGAACAAUCUAUACGCAACUUGUUCCUUAAACUUGAUGAAUUGUAUAUGGACAAUUCCUCACAUCGUUCGGCGGUUGUACAAGUUCUACAAUCCAUUAAUAAGCGUCACAAUGAGCUGAUUAAAGACUAUUUGGACAGUGCACUGCCUUUGAUAUUCUUUGCCAUGCAUGAGGAACAAAACGAGGAUAACAAAUCAAAUAUUGAGUCGUGGCGUGACUUGUGGAAUGAAGUUAGUCCCGGCGAUGCUGGCAUACGCAUGAACCUCAAUGUUAUUGUACCGAAAUUGGAGAAAUCUCUCAACGAUGCCAGUUGGUCAAGAAAGGCGCAGGCAGCCAAUGCCAUACAAACAAUAGCAAAACGUUUACGUGACACUUUGGAAGAGAAGGAUCGUUUACAGUUAAUUAAUUUACUGAUCAAUGGCCUCCAAGGACGAACGUUCCAGGGAAAAGAACGUUUACUACAAGCAUUGGCUGCCCUUUGUAAGGGCCUGGAUCACAAACACGAGGUAUGUGAACGUAUUGUGGAGGCAGCCAUGAAGGAAUGUCGCAAAGAAGAACCCCAAUACCGGACAUUGGUUUUACCCUGUUUGGGUGAUAUUCUGGAGGAUUUGGAAGUUGAUCGUUUCGAGGAAGUCUAUAAUAUGCUUUGGAAGAUAUUGGACAAGAAGGCCUUGCGGAAAUUAUCUACCUCAGAUGAUGACGCCGAUGAUGACAAGGAAGAGGUUUUAACCACAGAUGAACGCAACAAACGGGCCACCAUUUUAAAUAAACUAAAGGAAGUGGUGUGUGAGACAUUGGGCAAGGCAUGGCCACGCAACUCUGUCAAUACCCAGGCCAAAUAUCAAAUCAUGUUUGCCGAACGCUGCUCAACAAUUUUGGUAGACAAUACCCGACCGGUACAGGUAAGUCUGCUAAUUGCCCUGGCGAAAUACACAGAGCGUCUGCACAUCUUGGGUAAGCAAGAAAAUAACCAAGACGAUGUAACAUCCGAUGCUGCUGGCAACAAAGAAAAGAAGGUUAAAGUUGACAAGGAAAUGGAAAGGGAUGUUAUUGUGCCCAAGAUAUGUGAAAGUGUUUUAUCGGCUGUCAGCUAUGCAGCAGGUAUACCCCACACUGGCCUAAGGAAAGAGGCUCUUUCAAUUGUUUUGAUUCUAAUCAAACGCCUUAGCGAGGUAAAGGACAUGAAAAACUUGACUGUAAUCAAACAAAACUUUGACGAAAACUUGCCGAAAUUCCAAAAAGAUUCGGCCCCCGAAGUUCGUUGUCGCAUCAAAGAUAUUGAAGAGAAGUUUCUCAAAUCUGGCUUCCAAGAUCAUUAAAAUGAAAUAAUGGCAUGAAGUGGCAUGAAAAACAAAAUGAGAUUCAUAAGUAACGAAACAUAAAGGUAUAAUAUGGGAAUUUCUAUUGUAAAUUAUUUUGUCUCAAAAAUAAAAUAUUAUUAUUAUUAUUUUCAAAAUAUAACAGAUCAA